UUCCACUCUGCCCAGAAUAAUUUUGAUAUAACUAGCAGGCGUUGCAAUUUCGGAAUCUGUCCUUGUAUGAUGGCGGACGAAAAUUUCCACUGGAGAAACCGCAACGCAUAGCCUACCCUGAAUACGGAAAAAAAUGAAAAAAUAAAACUAAUAAACCAAGCCCGGACGGACUGUAGCCUACACCUUCGUCAAAACAAUCGGGCUCAUUCCGGAAGAUGUCAAGGUUGCAAGCUCGGAAAUAAAGCUGUUUUAAUUUUGAUCAUUUGAGAAUGAAUACCGGUAACUCAUUUGAUUUCAAAGCGUUAUUUGUACAGUCACCUCUUGUGGAUGAGGAGGAUUUUGGAGCUCGAGCAAGCCUACUCGCAUGAGCUGCAUCAUUUUGGGAGGUGACAGACACUGUGGCUUGUGGGACCUUGGUAGAAGGGAGACACAGGACUGUGCAAGACAGCUGUUUGCACCAAGAGGAACGCUGGCCCUGAGUAGUAGGAGUCAUGAGUGCUCAGGAGGUGCCUACCAAUCCUGCGCAGGAGCAGGUUGACACGGGGGAUGGAGUCCCAGAUGGCCCCACCGCUACCCCGACGACCGCCACCCUCGCUGUCCCGGUCACAAUAAAGAAGGAGCCUGGCACGCAGGGGGCCAGUAAUGGGAAAGAUGUGCCUGCCGAGAUCUGCGUGGUCCUCGGUGGAGGAGGAAAGUCUCGCAAUGACCAGACCCAGGGCUCCUAUGUUUGUGGGAUAUGUGGGAAGAAAUAUAAGUACUACAACUGCUUUCAGACGCACGUCCGUGCCCACAGAGAGUCCGAUAGCAUGCCAGGGGAGGGUGCACCACCAGCUCCCAACAAUAGCUUCCGCUACUCCUGUGACAUCUGCGGGAAGAAAUACAAGUACUACAGCUGCUUCCAGGAGCAUCGUGACCUGCAUGCUGUUGACGACCCAUAUGAGCAGGUGGUUCUAGGACCUGUGGAAGACCUCAAGGAGGAGCCGCCAGUGGAACCAUUCCAGAAAAUGGGACCAAAAACUGGGAGCUACGUGUGUGAGUUCUGUGGGAAGCAGUACAAGUACUUCAACCCAUACCAGGAACAUGUGGCUCUUCACCAACCAACGAAUUGGUCCUUCGAUAAUAUGAAGUCGCCUCGGUCACGUGGCAGUGUGGGUGGAAACAUGGACAUCAGCAAGUACAGUGCCACUAAAUUAGAAACCGACAGUCCCUUCAGUCGGAAAAUAGAGAGCAAAACCCAGUCCAGCUUGGUGGACACCAACAGUUCCCAGAACUCAAGCGGUACUCCAAGCCCCCUGGUGACCGGUUCGUUCCCUGCGUCACAGAAACCCUACACAUGUGGCGCCUGUGGCAUCCCGUUCCAGUUCUACAACAACCUGCUGGAGCACAUGCAGUCCCACGCUGCGGAUAAUGAAAAGCAUACCAAAGGGGAGUCUCCAAACACAUCACCGGGCCCAGCCUCACAGGACCAGUUAUGGAGGUCCCCCCAGCCCCAGCAUCAGGCCCAAGCUCAAAUAGUUCAAGUCCAGAUACAGGCUCAAUCCCAGGCUGCACAGAGAAAACACUCCAUCAACCAGAACAGUGGUGGGUUACCGGAGAAGGAAAGGCAACAGGUAGCCGAGCGUCUCCUGAGGGUGAUGUGUACAGACCUGGGCAUGCUCAACAUGCUCAACAGCAAGGACUUCCUGAAGCUAGCCCAGACCCUGGUGGACACGGGUGCCCGCCACGGUGCCUACUCCACCCGCGACGCCCUGGGCAACAUGAGCUCUCUGGCCCUACGCCAGCUUCCCCGCAUGUACAACCAGGUCAAGGUGAAGGUGACUUGCGCCCUAGGCUCCAACUCCUACCUGGGCAUUGCUGUCACCUGCCACUCCCAGACAGUGGGACCUGAUGCCUGCCUAGUGCUGACAGCCUACCAGGUGGAGGGGUCCAGGCUCAAGCGCUAUGUUUUAGGAGUCAAGGAAGCAGACCUGAGGGAGGCGCCAGAGCAGGUGCACCAGUGGACACAGAACGUGCUGUCGGAGUUCGUCAUGUCAGACAUCCGCACGGUGUACGUGACUGAGCCGCGGGUGGGGGUGGGGGGCUUGCCGCUGGGUGGAGGUGGGCGGAGGAGGGUGUGCCUGCGGUGUGCCGGGUGCUCGUUGAGUGCUGUGGUUCAAGCGGUGCUGGGGAAGCACAGCUUGCAGGCAAGGGGGCUCCACGAGCUGGCUGAGCUGUUGGCUGCCUGCCACGACAUCGCCGCCUCCACCAGCCUCUUGUCCACCAGCGCCGCCACGGAUGAGGGCAUGUCUAACCCCUCCACUCCCCCUGGGCUCAGCCCCACUCCUCCCUGCUGGGACCGCAUGGCUGAGGCCCUCCUUCAGGUGCACUCCCACUUUGAGCAGAUCUUCGAGGCGUAUGGGAGGAGCAAGGCCACGGCUUCCACACUGCAGGGCCUCAACAAGCACCUUCUAGGGACACUGACCUGCCUGUUGGCCCCUCUGCGCCUGGCCGCCCUGGAACUCAGCAGCCAGAGGAGGCCAACCCUGCAACAGGUGCUACCUGUUUACCUGCGCUUGGAGAAACUGUUCACCUCCAAGGCUGGGGAAGUGGGGACCUCCAGCAAGCUCUGCCAUUACUUUCUGGAAGCUCUUAAGGAGAACUUCAAGGUGGAGAAAGCCCACCAGGUAGCCAUGGUGCUGGACCCCCAGCUGAAGCUGCGUCCUGUCCCAGCCUACCAGCAAGAGGAGAUCAUCGCCCACGCCUGCGAGAUGGCCACAGACGCCCGCGACGGUGGGGGGUCCGGAGGUGAGGAUGUGGAUGGACCCUCAACACUCAAACGGCUCCGCGUGGACGUCCCCAGGGGUGGGGUGAAUGCCAGAGGUGUAGUAGCCGUGUCGUCGGGUGAGGCGUCGUCAGAUGAAUGCCAGACCCAGGUGAGACAGGAGGUGUUCCAGUAUCUGGCUGAACCGCUCCUCCAGGGUACCAACCCAGACCUCUUCCACUACUGGAGCACCACUGUGGGCGACCGCUACCCCAAACUGGCACGCCUGGCACUGUGGCUGCUGGCCGUGCCCGCUGUGGGUGUCCGCAGCGAGUGUGUGAGCGUCUGUGAACAGAGCUUGGCCAUGAAGAGGAGGCAGCAGGUCACCGCCGAGGAGAUGAACAAACUCAUCUUCCUGCGCUCCAACAUGGCCUGAAUGUUACGGUCCGACCAAUAAGGCUGACCGAACCACGACCAUAGCUCGACUGUCCUAGACCGACCCACCAAUGACUACACAGACUUUCUACAGCGGGAUAGCAGAACCCAUAGUGCGAUCUUCUCAAGAUGCUGAUCAAACUGUGGUUAGUGCCAAAUGCAACAAAGAAAAAAUGUAUUAUCAGGGGUUGAAUUGCUUUUAAAAUUGAUAGGAUAAAUGACAAGGGUAGUAAGUAAGGGGUGUUGCGUCUGGUGCUAGCUAGUAACCGCUGUUAUUAGUAACCGCUGUUAUUCUUUGGCCCUUAAAGAUCUCGCUUUCACUGUAUCACUUCUGACCCUUAUGUGUCAAAGUCAAUUUCAUGCCUUUACUAUGUUAUCAAACUGCCGUCUUUUUACAAUUUCUUCAAUGGCUUGUAGUUGUCUGGCUUUAGUAGCCCUUUGAAGGACUAAAGGAGGAAGAUUGGCCUUCGGUGGUUGUGUAUGGCCUGGCAUCAGAUCCGUUCUGGACAAUGGUGCCAUUGGAGUGAUCUGUUACUGAGUGACUAUACUGAAUGACUUGAUGGUUGGGGUGGGUGUGAUUAGGAACUCGUCGGCCUGAUUGCUAUAUAUAUUUUAGUAAUAAUAAAUUCAAUAGAAAGAGGAAAAGAGAACAUACAUGAAGUGAGCCUCCAACCCCACCCAGCCAACAUGUUUCCAUCCAACUCCCCACACCUGGAAACCAUGUUUCCAUCCAACUCCCCACACC